AUGGUGGCAAGUGUACAAUGGUUGUUUUUACUCGGAAUAACAACUAUUCAAUUUACUGUUACGAAAACGCAACAAAAGGAUGAUCGGGAGAAGAAGCCUCAGUCAGUUCGUGAUCUGUUUAACACAACCUCUUGCAUUCCGCCGCCAUUCAGAUGCCCUCAUCCACAAAUGCAGUUUUACCUCUAUACAAGAAGUACUCAAGAAAAGGGAGAAUUACUUAACACCUUAGACAACAACUCGCUGACAUAUUCAAGAUUUAAUACGAAGUAUCCAACGAAAAUCGUCGUUCAUGGUUUCGGCGGUGGCAGGAACCUGUCGCCUAGUACAGAUAUGAGGAAAGCGUAUUUCACACGAGGAAAUUACAACAUUAUCAUAGUUGACUACGGCACCCUAGUCAGAGAACCUUGCCUGAGUCAGAUAGAGUGGGCUCCUCGCUUCGCAAGCAUGUGUAUAGCACAGCUUGUGGACUACCUGCAAUACCAUCCCGUGAAGCCUGUAGCCCCGGAAAGAAUCCAUACUAUCGGUUACAGUGUUGGAGCACACAUCCUUGGACUCGUCGCAAAUCAUCUGAACGAGGGAAAAUUAGGGAGGAUAACUGGUUUAGAUCCCACUAUUUUCUUUUACAUGGGAAACAAUCGCUCCCGAGACCUAGAUCAUACCGAUGCUUUAUUUGUGGAUAUUCUACACACGGGUGCGGGAAUUCUGGGACAAUGGGGACCUAAUGGACACGCUGAUUUUUAUGUCAACGGAGGUUCUAGCCAACCUGGAUGCGCUCAUGACACUAUUUUCCAAACACUGUCAUGUGACCACACAAAAGUGACUCCGUACUUUAUAGAGUCAAUAAAUAGCCCUGUUGGUUUCUGGGCAGGGCCAUGUCCAAACCUUUUGUCAUACCUCAUCGGCUGGUGCGAACCCAAGGACACCGAAUAUGUCCUUAUGGGUGAACAUCUUACACACAGGGCAAGGGGCGUCUACUAUGUGACAACAAAUGCAAAACCACCUUAUGCUCGAGGAUUUCCUGGAAAGUCGAGGCGCUUAAGAUCAGUCACACCAUACAGUUGA